CAGAUAAAAAUGUAAUUUCUGAGGACAACUUUACAUCCUGUUCGCUGCUUGUUGUUACAAUAAAAGUCUUUUAAACUUUUACUCGCAGUCAGUUGGUUUCACUGGUUUAACUUUGAAAUCCCCGACAGGAAGCGGUUCGUCAGGCUGCCGGCAACUUGCCGUGUUUCCAGUCUGAUCCGGACCAUGGACUCGGUCCUUCAGUCAGUCACGGUCUUCUCCUCCAGCUUCUUCUUUAAACCUCCAGCUCCUCCCGCGAGCUUCCGACAUGCUGCUGCCGGGAAACGACUCCUCCGGCCGGGCUGAGCCCCCGGAGUCCACCCGGUCCGAGGCGUCCGGCGGCGGCGCGUCCGGGCCGGAGGCGGUGAUCGUGCCGGUGGUGUUCGGGCUGAUCUUCGUGGUGGGAGUGGUGGGGAACUGUCUGGUGAUGGUGGUGAUCGGGAAGGUGAGGUACAGAGGAGGAGGUGGGGGAGGACGGACAAGGCGCCCCGGCAGCCCAACCAACAUCUUCAUCCUGAACCUGAGCGUGGCGGACCUGAUCUUCCUGCUGGUGUGCGUCCCGCUGCACGCCACCAUCUACUCUCUGGAUGAGUGGGUGUUCGGAGCCUUCCUCUGUAAGGCCGGACACUACUUCCUCAUGGUCAGCAUGCUGGUGAGCGUCUUCACGCUGGUGGCCAUGUCCGUGGACCGCUACAUCGCCGUGGUGCGCUCCAAGAACGCUCCGUGCGUCCGGAGCCGCAGGAACGCGCUGGUCGGGGUGUGCGUCAUCUGGACGCUGUCUCUGGUGUGCUCGGUGCCGGUAGCCCAGCACCACGUCCUCACCAGCCACCACACCGCCCCCAACAGCACAUUCUGCUGGGAGGUCUGGUCUGGAGCCGCCAGACGCGCCUACAAGGUGACCAUCGUGCUACUCGGAUACCUGCUGCCGCUGCUGCUCAUCAGCUGCUGCUACGCCAAGGUUUUAUUUCAUCUUCACAAAAAGAUGAAGAACAUGACCAAGAAGUCUGAGAGCACCAAGACAAAGACAGCUCAGACGGUCCUCCUGGUUGUCGCCGCCUUCGCCAUCUGCUGGAUGCCCCAUCACAUCAUCACCAUGUGGGUGGAGUUUGGUACCUUCCCGCUGACCACCGCCUCCUUCGCCUUCCGCAUCAUCUCUCACUGCCUGUCCUACGGAAACUCCUGCGUCAACCCCGUCCUCUACGCCUUCCUGUCUGAGAACUUCCGCAAGGCCUGCCGCCAAGUCUUCACCUGCCGCUCCCUGUACUCGCUGCCGCCCGGCGGCGAGGUGGUGCGCUUCCGCAUGGAGAACUCCACCACGCACUCCACCACCAACAUAGAGGAGGCGGCUGUGAUCGGAUGAAUAACAUGAACACGAUGUUUUCCUGCAGCGGAAACAGGAAGCAGAGCUGUUUCUGAGCGCGGACGAGUCCCUGACGGCGCCGCCUACGUCCGUGUUCUUCAGGGAGCCUGAAUGUUUGGUUCCAGCUGACGGUGUCGUACUGUGAUGUGAUUGGCUCGGUGUCUACGUGGUCGUGUUGACCGCGGCUCUCGACCGUCAGUCAAACGUAUCGUCUUAAACACUUUCUACAAAUAUGGAAACCUGUUUAUCCUCUUAAUGCACAACAGCUGCAGCGUCAUUAUAAUUUAUUGAAACAAAAAGUAAAAAGGAUUUAAUUUUCAGUUCUCAACUUUAAAUGAGAAUCGUCUGCAGCGAUGAAGGGACACUGUUGUUGUUGUUGUUGUUGUUGUUGUUAUUAUUAUUAUUAUAUGUCAGUUCAGGUUUUAGAUUUAAUCAAUAAUUCUGUGACUGAAGAGAAUUUCUUUUGUUCAUCAUUAAUCAAUAAUUUGAGAUAAUGUGUUGAAUUGAAAUGACGUUAUAGAACAUUCAGUAUUUAUCUUUAAAUGGUUCAUUUCAUCAGAAAGAGACUUUAAACCUUUUGUACACAUGAGAGAAGAUAAAUGUGUGAAUUACUCCACAUCACCAGUUAUUUACACUGUGAUCUGCUUUGUGAUAUUUUAUGUGUGUGGUUGCAAACAUGUACAAGUUUGUUCUUAUUAAAAUAUUAAAUGACGUCACAAGCUG